AUGUGCUUUCGCUCAGUUCAAGGAGACCCAACGUGUCAACAAAAACCUCGCAUGGUUUUGUAUGGCCACCAAGGUCCUCCUCAACAGAGUCAAUCAGAGCAUAGCCACGAUCAGCAUUCAGCGAAUAUCCCCGUGAACACUGUAUAUCAAAUAUUUCAGAGCUCAGAGCCCAAUUCCCUCACCAUGGCAGUCGUACAAGCAAGAUGGACCAAGAUCGUCUCGGCGGAAAUCCUACAGCGAUCAUCCCAAUCAGUCUCCGUCAUUGACAGACAGGUCUACAUCUUUGGCGGGGAGCUGCGGCCGCGAGAACCCAGGGACAAUAACAUUCACACUAUUUCACUUGGGACUCCCGCAACGCUAUCCACCAAGGCAUCCACCGAGAAAUCCCCCUCACCACGAGUAGGAACCCCAUCGACAACCCUCAAUGGCAAUAUCUACCUAUUUUCUGGCCGAGAAGGUAUAGCAAUGACACCAGUAGAGGAACACGGCGGAAUGUGGGAAUUCGACCCCGGCACAGAGAAAUGGUCACUUCUAGCACCGUCCUCGCCAAAUUCAACACCAAUUCCAACAGGCCGCACUUACCACUGCACAGCUAACGACGGCAAAGACACCGUAUUUAUCCACGCAGGCUGUCCAGAGAAGGGUCGUCUAUCCGAUGUGUGGGCAUUCAGUGUCUCCCAGAAGGAAUGGACAGAGCUUGCUCCGGCGCCGGAUCCCCCGCGCGGUGGGACAUCCAUUGCAUUUGCUCGGGGCAGACUGUAUCGCAUGAAUGGGUUUGAUGGGAAGCGGGAGCAGGGUGGCAGUAUCGAUGUUUAUGAUGCUGGAGCCAAUCUGUGGAGCUCGCACUCGUUUGUUUCGGAUGGCGUGACUGGGCCAUCGCCGCGGAGUGUCGCGAUCUUACUCCCUAUUGUUGUAUCUGGUCGUGUAUACUUGGCAACCUUGUUUGGUGAGCGGGAUCCGAGUUCCUUGGGACAUGAGGGCGCGGGGAAGAUGUUGAAUGAUGUGUGGGUGUUUGAUAUUGAGACCAAGCUAUGGACCAAGGUUGAAGCUCAGGGUGAUGAGCAUCCUGAUCCACGAGGUUGGCUUGACGGGGAUAUCCUCGAUGCUGGUACUAUCGUGGUUCAUGGGGGAUUGGGAGAAUCAAAUGAUCGGCUGGAUGAUGUUUGGACUCUCGAGUUUUUCUAA